AUGGCCCGUGACCAGCUGGUGGUUGCCCAGAAGUCCACUCGGAGGCAGGCAGGCUCCACGAAGCAGCUUGCCACUGCUGCAGCUCGCAAGUCUGCCCCAGCCAAUCGUGGUGUCAAGAAGCCCCAUCGUUGUUGGUGCGUCCGAACCGCCGCCUUCGUGGAGAUCCGCCGCGCCCAGAAGAGGCCAGAGCCACCAUCAGGAAGCGCGUUCUUCCAGCCUGGUGCAGAUCGCCCAGAUUUCAAGACUGACCUGCGCUUCCAGUCGUCUGCCGGCAUGGCUCUGCAGGAAGCCUCUGAGGCUUACCUGGUGGGUCUUUUCGAGGACACCAACCUGUGUGCCAUUCACGCCAAGCGCGUUACCAUCAUGCCCAAGGACAUCCAGCUGGCCCGGCGCAUCCGCGGAGAGAUGGCCCGUACUAAACAGACUGCCCGCAAGUCCACUGGAGGCAAGGCUCCACGGAAGCAGCUUGCCACCAAGGCAGCUCGCAAGUCCGCCCCAGCCACCGGUGGUGUCAAGAAGCCCCAUCGUUACAGGCCCGGAACCGUCGCCCUUCGUGAGAUCCGUCGUUACCAGAAGAGCACAGAGCUACUCAUCAGGAAGCUGCCCUUCCAGCGCCUGGUGCGUGAGAUCGCCCAGGAUUUCAAGACUGACCUGCGCUUCCAGUCGUCUGCCGUCAUGGCUCUGCAGGAAGCCUCUGAGGCUUACCUGGUGGGUCUUUUCGAGGACACCAACCUGUGUGCCAUUCACGCCAAGCGCGUUACCAUCAUGCCCAAGGACAUCCAGCUGGCCCGGCGCAUCCGCGGAGAGCGUGCUUAA